AUGUGGAAAUCGACUGUACCUGCAGGAAAACAUCAAAACAUUCCGACAGAAAUGUUGCUGUACAUAUUAUUUUGGUGUUUUUCGAUUAUCGGAAUAAGUCUUGCACAGAUAGAUCCAUAUAGUUCUAAUAGUUUAAAUGAUAACCCUUUAAAUAAUGAAAAUAGUCAAGUGUACAACCUGAAUAAUCCCAAUUCAAAUUAUAAUCCGGGUUUCAACUAUCCUGAUUUAAAUCAAAAUCAAGCAAGUAAUCUUAAUCCAGGAUCUACAUUUAAUCAAAACCAAAAUGGAUAUAAUAGAGAUUUUAACUACAAUCAGAAUUAUCCUAGUUCAAAUAAUCCUUCUUAUGGUUAUGGAAGAAACUUUGGAUAUGGAAGUACUGAUGAGCUGAGAUGUCCCCAAUAUUGGAUUCGGUAUCAAAAUACUUGUUAUAAAUUUGUCAGGUCUCCUCUUCGACCUUAUAAUGAAGCAAGGAAAAUAUGCCAGACCUACAGUCCAGAUAACGGGGGAUCUGACUUAGUUUCAAUAAGUAACUCAGAUGAACAUGGCUUUAUUAUUAAUCAGUUAAAUACAAUAGACCCUCAACAUAGGAGAUGGUACAUAGGGGCACAUCAAACUUCUCCAAAUUAUUACACAAAUGUUGAUGGCACUCAAUUAGCUAAUAUGGAUAAUGCAAUUUUGGAAAUUGAUUUCCCUUAUGGAAGAGAUUACCUAGCAUAUAACUUUUCCAGGACUCAUUUACAUUGGGUAUUUGAACCUGUUAGGGGCGAUGAACCUCUGUUGUUUAUCUGUGAGGCAAAUAUAUUAGCAGUACAAAGAUUGGUGAUUGAAGAUAGAAGUUUUACAUAUGGGAUUGAUGUAACUGAUCCUGAAAAAAUACCUAGAGGGCCUUAUUUCAUUAAACAACCUGUGGAUGCUACUUUUGAUACUUCGAAAAGGAAAUUAUUAAAUGAUGUUAGUAUAAGCUGCUUUGCAGGAGGAUAUCCAACACCUACAUAUGAAUGGUAUCGUGAAGAUUAUGAAAAUGACAAACUCAUUGCCCAUUUGAUAGAUCCCUUAAAAGAUAGUCGUUAUACUAUCAGUGGAGGUACCUUAAUCAUCCAUAAUCCGCAACAAAAACUUGAUCAUGCAACAUAUCACUGCAAAGCUUCCAAUAGAUUUGGGACAGUUAUAUCAGAAAGUGUUCAAUUAAACUUUGGAUUUAUACUUGAAUUUGUUCUGAAACGUUCACCUGAAUCUGGUGAUCAGAACUGGGGAAAAUCAAUUUACUGUGAUCCACCGAAUCACUUUCCAUCUGUCAGAUAUUCUUGGUCACGUGACUACUUUCCCAAUUUUGUUGAGGAAGAUAAACGUGUCUUUUCUUCCAACGAUGGAGCCUUAUACUUUUCUGCUUUGGAAACAAUUGACAGAGCCAAUUACAGUUGCAGUGUUAAUUCAGAGUUUUCAGAUUCUGGUAGAAAUGGCCCAUUCUUUCCACUGAGAGUUAAUCCACAUUCCAACUACCAACAACUGAAAUUUCCUAACAAUUUUCCCAAGGCUUUCCCAGAAGCUCCCACGGCAGGAAAAGAUGUUAAAUUAGAAUGUAUUGCUUUUGGAUACCCAGUUCCGAGCUAUAACUGGACCAGAAAGGGGGGUAGCUUACCAAGAAAUGCCUUUAUGACAAGUUACAAUAGAGUUCUAGUAAUUCCAAAAGUGCAUGUGGAGGAUGAGGGAGAAUACAUUUGCCGUGCCUAUAAUGAUAGAGCGAGUAUCGAAAACAGUGUUAUACUGAAUAUUCAAGCUGAACCUACAUUUACAAUUCCUCUAAAAGACAGUCAUAUGGAUAGCAAAGGUGAACUCAUCUGGACCUGUGAAGCAUUUGGUAUUCCAGAUGUAAAUUACACUUGGUGGAGGAAUGGACGGCAGUUGGAAUUCGAAUCUUAUGCAGCUGAAGAAGGUAAUGUGACCAUUAAAUGUAACCCAGAGGCAGCUCCUAGACCAAAAUUUGUUUGGAAGAAAGAUGGAAACGUUAUUGGGUCGGGAGGCCAUAGGAAAAUAUUUGAAAAUGGGAAUUUGUAUAUUAGCCCGGUUUCUAGAGAUGAUGAGGGUGUAUACAUAUGUACAGCAUCAAACGAAUUAGGCAUUGAUGAAUCACGAGGUCGAUUGAUUGUAUUACGAGGUCCUCGUCUUGUGGAGCCCUUACGAGAGACUAUGGUGACAUCUGUUGGCAGAAAUAUCGACUUGCGUUGUUACGCUGUGACAGAUGAGAUGUUAGAUAUUGCAUACAUAUGGAAACACAAUGGAAUGGUUAUAAGAGAUGUAGAUGUUAAAAAUUCGUACAAUCGUAUAAAAGUUGAUGGUGGUUAUUUAAGGAUAAUAAAUGCUACCUUCUCUGAUACGGGUGAUUAUGAAUGUGUUGUUAAAUCAGCAGUAGGCAGGAUAUAUUCCAGGGCUAGAGUAAUAGUAGAAGGCCCACCUGGCCCCCCAGGUGGUGUUCAAGUAUUAAAUAUUCAGAAAACAUCAGUUACACUGCAAUGGACAGAUGGAGCUACCCACGGUUCACCUAUUUACAGUUAUACAAUUAGCGGAAGAACCAAUUGGAAUCACACAUGGGUGAAUAUCACUCAUCAAGUUAGAGCGACAGAAAUUGACAGAUAUACUGGAAGAAAGGAAACAACAAUAGAUAAUAUCCUUACACCUUGGUCCGUUUAUGAGUUUCGAGUAGCAGCAUGGAAUUCUUUGGGAAUGGGUGAACCAUCGCAACACAGUCCCAGACAUGCUACUCCACCCGACAGACCUUAUAUUGCCCCUCGGAAUAUUGGAGGAGGCGGAGGUAAAAUUGGAGAUCUUACUAUUCGUUGGGAGCCUUUGAGGCCAGACGAACAAAACAGCCCUGGAAUACAUUAUAAAAUAUUCUGGAAGCGCAAGGACGGAGAAGUUGAAUUUAAGAGCCAUAAACUGGAAGAGUUGGGAAAUGUUGGAGAGGCUGUAGUUAAUAUAGAUAUCAAAUAUUAUUACACAGAAUAUAUUGUUAAAGUUCAAGCUUUUAACAAUGAAGGCGCUGGGCCUAUUAGUCCUGAGACUGUCAUUUAUUCUGCUGAAGAUAUGCCUCAAGUGGCACCACAAUUAGUUAUCGCCAAAUCCUUUAAUUCAACUGCUCUGAAUGUCAGUUGGGUUCCUGUUGAUCAAACUAGGGAGAAGGUUAGAGGAAAACUCAUAGGCCACAGAAUCAAAUACUGGAAAAAAGAUACGAACGAACAAGAUGCUGUAUACUAUUUGUCAAGAAAAAUACAACCAUGGGCUCUCAUUGUUGGUCUUCAACCGGAUACUUAUUAUUUCGUUAAGGCAAUGGUCUACAAUUCGGCUGGAGAAGGACCAGAGAGUGAACGUUUUAUUGGUAAGAAUACCGUUUUUUUUUCUUGCAAGCAUUGUGACUUUAUGUGA